AUGGAUCACUCAAUCCAGCGCUUGCUUAACGACAAGCUCUACGAUAAACGAAAGCAGGGAGCCUUGGAGUUGGAGAAAAUCGUCCGCGAUGCCGUUUUCAAAGGCGAACACGAGAGGAUUUCAAAAAUCGUCGAGCAGCUCUGCCAUGACUAUGCCUAUGCGGUACACCAACCACACGCUCGCAAUGGAGGCCUGAUCGGACUGGCGGCUGCCUCGAUCGCCCUCGGAUCGGAAGGUGUCGCACCGUACUUAAAAGAGAUCGUACCUCCUGUUCUCGCAUGCUUUUCCGAUCAAGAUGCACGAGUCCGAUACUACGCCUGUGAGAGCAUGUAUAACAUUGCGAAGGUGGCAAAGGGAGAAAUUCUGCUUUUCUUCAAUGAAAUAUUCGACUCAUUAGCCAAGCUUGCGUCUGAUUCGGAAAUGUCGGUUAAGAAUGGCGCGGAGCUUCUCGAUCGCCUAGUCAAAGACAUCGUCACCGAAUCUGCAGCUUCGUAUGUGUCGGUACUCCAAUUAUCAGAGAAGCAAAGAGCAGAUCUAAAUGAUCUCGAUGACACGGAAUUACCUACGGCAUUCUCACUCCCGGCCUUCAUUCCAUUGCUCAAGGAUCGAAUCCACGUAAUUGGACCGCUCACUCGCAGCUUUCUAGUCUCUUGGCUGAACCUGCUCGACACUAUUCCUGACCUGGAGCUGGUGUCCUUCCUACCGGAGUUCCUUGAAGGAUUGAUUAACUUUCUCGGUGGACCCCACAAAGAUGUCAAUGUGGCCACUCAAGGACUUCUAGAACGAUUCCUUUCAGAAAUUAAGAGAAUUACACGGUUGAAAAAAGGACUUGAAGAGAGCCGGAAAAGCCAAAAAAGCCGCAGUCAGUCUGCUGCCAGUGAACCCCUGAGCGGCAAAACCGAACACACCAUUGAAACGUUGGGUGCCGAUGAUGGUGAGAAAGAUGAUAUCGCCGUGGAAGACUCGGCGUCAGGGUCUCUUUUUGACGACGAGGUGGUCGAGGCCGAUGGAGAUUGGAUUCCUGGGCAAGAUGUCCACAUCGACUUUCCAAAGAUUCUGGAUAUCCUUGUCAACUUUGUUGACACUUCGUAUGAUGAGGAAAUGCAGCUGACUGCUCUACAAUGGACCGAUGCCUUCUUUGAGAUCAGUCCUGAAGACAUUCUUCCUUUUGUGCCUCGGCUUCUGACACAGGUGCUCCCUGCAAUGUCCAGUGGUUCAGACUCGGUUCGACAGGCCGCAAAUCGAGUUAACAAGUCCCUUCUUGAAUAUAUCUAUUCUCUUUCUGACGAUGCCCCUGAUGAAGGUGUGCAGUCGUUCAAGACUCCCUCGGUUGCGCCGAGCAAGGAGAGUUUGGAAAGGAAGCCUUCUGAGAUCACUUCGAUCGAUAGUAGAAAAGCCGCCCAGGACUCCUCGAAUGCCGUGACCCCGCGAAGUAGCAUUAUAUCGACACCUGUGCAACCUGCUGAUCUCGAUUAUGCCGCAGCGGUAGCUUCGCUAACAUUGCAGUUUCUAAAUGAAAAUGAAGCCACUCGGGUAGCCGCACUAUCUUGGCUUAUUAUGUUACACCGCAAGGCCCCUCGAAAAGUGAUUGCAUUCAACGAUGGAACAUUUCCGGCUCUGUUGAAAACUCUCUCAGACCCUGCAGAAGCCGUGGUGACCAAGGAUCUGCAACUCUUGUCGCAGAUUUCGAGGAAUAGCGAGGACAACUAUUUUACCUCGUUUAUGGUCAAUUUGUUGCAAUUAUUUUCCACUGAUCGACACCUGCUUGAAGCUCGUGGGAAUCUAAUCAUCCGACAACUAUGUCUCAACCUGAGUCCGGAGCGGAUCUAUCGAACCCUAGCAGAUUGCCUUGAAAAGGAAGAGGAUAUUGAAUUCGCCAGUAUCAUGGUUCAAAAUUUGAAUAACAACCUUAUUACCGCACCUGAAUUGUCUGAUAUGAGAAAGCGACUAAGGAACCUUGACACAAGAGAAGGACAAAUGUUUUUCGUUGCCCUCUUCCGGUCUUGGUGCCACAAUGCAGUGUCCACGUUUUCGCUGUGCUUGCUCGCCCAGGCCUAUGAACAAGCCUAUAAUCUCCUCCAAAUCUUUGCCGAGCUCGAGAUGACAGUCAAUAUGCUCAUCCAGAUCGACAAAUUAGUCCAGCUCCUUGAAUCUCCCGUCUUCACCUACCUCCGACUCCAGCUUCUCGAACCCGAAAAAUACCCCUAUCUGUACAAAUGUCUCUACGGCGUCCUCAUGCUCCUACCCCAAAGCUCUGCCUUUGCCGCGCUCAAGAACCGCCUCAACAGCGUCAGCAACAUCGGCUUCCUCCAUGGCGGACCCCGCAGGUAUGCCACUCCUACUGCCACCCUUAGCCUCAACCGGAUUCCCAUGCUCAUGCCCCAACCCCCUUCUAGCACGGCGCAAACUGCGCCCGCCUACGACCGUACUACCAGCACGCGCCUCAAGACCCGCGAUGAUAUCCGUUGGACCGAGCUUCUAGACAAGUUCAAAGCCGUGCAGGAGCGCGCACGCCGCGCCCAGGCCGCGCAACGACACUCGCUCGAUCCAACCGACCCCUUGCAAAAUUCGUCCCUUACCGCCGCCCUUUCCGCCGCUACGGUCGACCGCGCACGAGACCGCUCGACGCUGCCGGAUCCGCCGCGCGGAGCUGUCGCCGGCCCUGGGCUCGCUGGUAGCGGGCUUCCUUUGCCUGGAUCCCGAACGGACCCAAAGGCGAGCGCGUCGACGUCGUUGCUCGGAAGCGCGCACAAGCACAAGUCGAGUCUGCCGAACUUGGGCCGGUUAGGGAUUGGGAGCCGCAAGUCGAAGCGGUGA